AGGGAGGAAAGUAGAAACGGAAGUAAGAUUGAUAUCAACAACCUGAGUUACAACCAACUUAGGCAAAACUUUACUGCAGUUAGGACCGAUACAUGUUGUAAGUUAUUAUAUUCGACACGAAUGCCGUAUUAUGGGGGAAGUAUUUUCCCGCCUGUCGCUGAAGUGGUUUGUUUUUGUGCUGAAACUCAGUGGCUAGUUUAGCCAUUUUGGAGCAGCUAAGGUAGCUAACUUUCUGUCAGCGUGAAUUCAUUUUGACAGCCUCAGUAAACAGCAGUCUAAUAUGCGCAGGUUUUGCUCUGUGUUUAGUUUUAACAAGGUUGCAGGUGUGGCCGGACUGUCUGCUCGCUGUCGCUGACACGUCCCGGUAGUUUUGACAGUGCCCCGGUUUGCUCGCAAUGCUCCUGCAGCUGCUCCCACCUGUCAACUAGCUGGCUCCUCUCCUCCUGUCUGCCGUCAAUGGCUCACUGCGGCUCCUCCGAGCCCAUCGCUAAGGUACAGGCACCGCGUCCCGACAGCACCAAGCCGUCACAGGGUACCGUCGACCAGAGCAUGAAGCCGGUGCUGUUCGAGAUCUUCGGCGAGAUAUGGACCGUCCAGUCUCGGCUCGGCCAGGGAGUCUCGGCCUCGGUGUACCGGGUCAGCUCGGGCAGAGCCACCACCGCGGCUGUCAAGGAGUUUCAGGCCGACACUCAGGGAGGAGAUUACGGGUAUCACAAGGAGAGGACCGUGCUGGAAGGCAUCCAGGGACAUAAAAACAUAGUGACACUGUACGGGGUGUUCACCAACCACAGCUGUAUGGGUGUUGCCACCCGUUGCCUUCUGCUGGAGCUCUUGGAUGUCAGUGUGUCUGAUCUGUUGGUGAGAGGCAUCAGUGGUACCCAGAGUGGUCGACCCCAGCAGGGCCACUCCAUGUGGCUUGUCCAGCACUGUGCCAGAGACAUCCUGGAGGCUCUCGCCUUCCUUCACAGGGAAGGCUACGUCCACGCUGACCUCAAGCCACGCAACAUUCUCUGGAGUGCCGAUGACGAGUGCUUCAAGCUCAUCGACUUCGGCCUCAGCUUCAAAGAGGGAAACCAGGAUGUCAAGUACAUCCAGACAGACGGGUAUCGCGCUCCAGAGGCCGAGCUUCAGAACAGCCUCGCUCAGGCUGGGGUGGAGGUGGAGGGGGACUCGGGCUGCACGGCCGCCAUAGACCUGUGGAGCCUUGGCAUCAUCCUGUUGGAGAUGUUCUCAGGAAUCAAACUCAAAGACACCGUCCGCUCACAGGAGUGGAAGGACAACAGUGCUGCCAUUGUCGACCAUCUUUUUGCCAGCAACAGUGUGGUGUGCCCCGCCAUCCCUGUCUAUCACCUCAGAGACCUUAUCAAAAGCAUGCUUCUCAACGACCCAAAGCAAAGAUGCACUGCUGAAACUGCCCUGCUGAGCCCAUUCUUCAGUAUUCCCUUUGCUCCUCACAUUGAGGACCUGGUUCUGCUGCCCACUCCAGUCCUGCGUUUGCUCAACCUGAUAGACGACAGCCAUCUGCACAAUGAAGAAGAGUACGAAGACAUCCUGGAGGACAUGAAAGAGGAGUGCCAGAAGUAUGGCUCUGUGGUUUCUCUGCUCAUCCCCAAGGAGAACCCAGGGAAAGGACAGGUGUUUGUAGAGUAUGCCAACUCCAGCGACUCCAAAGAGGCUCAGAGGCUGCUGACGGGCCGCACCUUUGAUGGGAAGUUUGUCGUGGCCACCUUCUACCCUCUCAGCGCCUAUAAAAGAGGUUACUUGUACCAGACUGUGCAGUGAAGUCCUGAAGUUCAAUUUACACCUCUGCACUGUUUGCAUGGAAAAACACAACUGCAUAAGCCACCACUGGGGAGAGCUCAUUUUCUGCCUUUGAAAAUAACCACCACAGGUCAUGAGUGGCUGCCCUGCAGUUUGAGUUCAGAUGAUUCAGUUAUUAGUAAGUGUAGUUCAAAGUUCUGCAUGUGUGGUUUUCUACGGUCAAUCUUUUUCACGCAGAGUGUAAAUUGAACUCAGCUGUGAGGAAUAAACAGCAACACUUUAUUUCUGCUGCUGCCUCCAGUCUGUGCGCUAGUCUUUAUCAGUGCAUACCCCUCUAGUGCUUCAAGGUGACCUGCACCUAUCUCAUUUAAUGACUCCAGGCCAAAGGUCUGUUGUCUGGGUACAGCAGUUUCUGUUCUAGCUUCCAUUUCACCAUCAUUCAUUUCUAGAAAUUACCACACUGAAAGAAUGAGUAAUUAGGACAAGUUAAAUCUUCUCCGAUGUGGGUUGCUAGAACAAAAGUCUGAGAAUCUGUGCUUCACAUUACAUCUAAAGAGUUUCAUAUCUGUAGACAAAGUGAAACACUUAAUCUCAUCAGUUGAGUCAGGGAUGUGAGAAGAAACAUGUAGCAGGAUAACACUGAUCUCUCAGUAGUAUGAGUGAGAGUUUUAUGUCUGUCAAACCUGAAAUAAUAAUAAAUCUUAGGUUAUUAUUUCUUAAGUUGAACGUUUAAUGAGAGGAAUCAGCGUGGUACAAGGGGAUUAUACAGGUGUCCUCUGCUGGCUCCUCAGGCUGUUUUCAGGGAGAAGUGGUUUGGAGUGACCCCCCUCCACCAGCUGGUAGUUUUCACUCAGUCUCUGCCAUUAUCUGAGCAAGCCAAGGGCCCCUAGUGCCCUGCCCUGUAGCCUUAUGCUUUGUAGCUUUUUAUUUUCAAAAGUCUACAUACUCAGAGAAUAUUUAUAUCAUCCGUUGACUUUGCUCCCAUUUAUAUGGAAGCCCAUUGAAGCAAAAGAGUGGAAAGAAAAGAUCCUGUGAGUCACUGUGAGAAACUUUCUUGAAAUAAUAGUAUCUGAUUUAGUAUCUCCAAAUAACAGUAUCUCAAAAUAAUGACUUAGUACCUCAAAAUAAUGACUUAGUAUCUCAAAAUAAUGACAUAGUUUGUCAAAAAAAUGACUUAGUAUCUUGAAAUAAUGACCUAGUAUCUCAAAAUAAUGACUUAGUAUUUCGGAAAAAAAUGACUAAGUAUCUCAAAUUAAUGUCUUAGUAUAUUAAAAUCACGACUUAGUAUCUCGAAAUAAUGACUUGGCAUCUCAAAAUAAUGACUUAGUAUCUCGAGAAAAAAAAUGACUAAGUAUCUCAAAUUAAUGACUUGGUAUCUUAAAAUCACGACUUAGUAUCUCGAAAUAAUGACUUAGCAUCUCAAAAUAAUGACUUAGCAUCUCAAAAUAAUGACUUAGCAUCUCAAAAUAAUGACUUAGUAUCUUGAAAUAAUGACUCAUUAUCUCAGAAUAAUGACUAAGUGUCUCGAAAUAAUGACUUAGUAUCUUAAAAUCACGACUUAGUAUCUUGAAAUAAUGACUCAUUAUCUCAGAAUAAUGACUAAGUGUCUCGAAAUAAUGACUUAGAAUAAAAAAUGACUUAGUAAUACAAAUUAAUGACUUAAUAUCUCAAAAUUAUGACUUAGUAUCUUGAAAUAAUGACUUAAUGUUUCGGAAUAAUGACUAAAUAUGUUGACAAUGACUUGGCAUCUCAAAAUAAUGACUUAGUAUCUCGGAAAAAUGACUAAGUAUCUCAAAAUAAUUACUUAGUAUUAAAAAAACUUAGUAAUUCAAAUGAAUGACUUAGUUUCUUAAAAUCACGACUUAGUAUCUUGAAAUAAUGACUUAGUAUCUCGACAUAAUGACAUGUCUCGAAAUUUUGACUUAUUUUCUCGAAAUAAUGACCUAGUAUCUCAAAUGAUCACUUAGUAUCUUGAAAUGAAGACUCUGUGACUCAAAACAAAGACUUAGAAUCUCAAAAUAAUGACGUUGCAUCUCAGAACAAGCAUCUUGAAUCAAUAACUUGGUAUUUCGAAAUGAUGACUAAAUAUCUGGGUAUAACGACUUAGCAUCUCGAUAUAAUGAUUUAGCAUCUCAAAGGAUUUGUAUCUUAGUAAUAAAGAUUAACUUUCUUAAAAUUUUGGACCUUCCAUUCAUGAUGGUAGACCCAAUAUUUUGAGAUACUAAGUCUCUAUUUUGAGGGAGUAUAUCAUAACGACUAACAGGAUCUUCUUUUCAUCACAUUGGCGGAAAUAUGCUUCCAUACCUUUAUGUUUUGUGUUUUGACUACAACACUGAACAGCACAUGAACAAGUGAAUAUUUUUGAGUGCAUGCUGAAAAUGACUGAUGUAUGAAUAAAAUCUGAAAAUUUUCCAGUUGGAAAAUAAGUGUAUGAACAAAACUAGUAGAAGCUCCAGUAGUGGUAGAAAGUGUCUUCUGACUAACUAAAACCAAGUACGCUUUACUUUUUAGUGACCUUGUAGUCAUGGUGUAAUGGGAAUAACAGUCCAGAGCCAAAGUGCUGAGCAGCCUAUAGCUGUUUAGAGUCUCACUGAGACAGGAGGAAGUGCAGAUAUACAGUAGCCAGUGUACAUGUAAGAAAAGUGGUUAAAAGCCACUGUGUGUAAUGUUUGCAGUGUCUUUAAAAUCUUGCUAAUGGCUUAGGUUGUUAUUUGAAGAAAAUGGGGACAAUCUAGUGGACGUUGGUGCAGUUUAUGUGUCGCUUUCGCCAAAGUUGGACAUUUUUGAAUCCUGCACAUGGUGGCUUUAAAGAUUGUGUCGCACUAUGCAUAUGAGACGUGUAGAGAGAAUGUUCAGUGGCGACUGCACUAAAUAGAUUGUUACAGUCUUCAAGUGAGACUUUUAAUCUUUCAGUUAGUUUGUGCAUGAACCAGUGGAUUGAUACAUAGACUGCAAACCUUGUAGAAAUAUGAUUCACAAAGGUGUCUGUUUUUGGUGAACCCAAAAUGCAGGAUAUAGAAUUGUGUCAUACCUUUGUCAAUGUCAAGAGAUGUUGCUAGUUGCAUGACUGGAGAGGAGAGUUUUAUGAAUCAGUAAUGUGACAGAAAUGUCGUAAAUUGUGCAGUCUUGAAAUGAAAUAAUAUAAUUUUGUUGUGUUAUAUUGAUUCUAUCAGGGCAGUGAGACAGCUUUACCGAUAGAGUCCAGGAAGAGGCAUGAUUAUGUUGGUUAGCAGUGACAAAGAAUCGUCAAGCUCUGUAAUUUUGCAGUGGAAUUAGGGCUGCAUGAUAUGAGGAAAAUAUGCAAUAUGCAAUAACGUUGUUAAAUAUUGCAAUAAUGAUAUUACUUGCCAUUAGCUAACUAGCUAAAACACAACUUUGCUUGUUCAAUUAUAAAGUGAACGGAAAUUCCAGCAUUCUUUUAUUGAACAAAUUGAACAUUGAACUAAACACAAAAGGCACCAAUAAAAAAAGAAUGAUAGUUACAUUUUAAAGUGCAGUUUUCUACUGAUACUCUCUUUCAGCUAACUAAAUAAAAUCCCUGACUGCAAUAUCGCAGUCUUUCAUGAUGCGUUUAUCGCACAGGUCGACACUGCAAUCACGCUAAAAAAAGAAAGAUAUAUUGUGCAGCCCUAAGUGGAAUGUACUUUUACGUUGUAGAUGCAUGGAUUAUUUUGUUCAGUUGGACUGGAUAUGUAGUAUCCGUCACACCAACUCAGUCACACUGAAACAAUGAUUUCUACACAAGUGCCCUCUGACAUUCAAGCUAGCUACCUAACCAAAAUGCUGCUAUAACAACAGGUUGUGUAACACCUGCUCGUGUCGAUUCCUCAAGUAGCCAAACAGUUGCAGAUGCCUUAGAGAAUACUUCCCUUCCAAGUUACAAAAUGGAGCAGGAAACUAUUUUAGCUUCUUCGUAAAGCUGACUCAUUCUUCACUGUAUUUUCAUUAAAGCCAGACUGUGUAUGUUUUACCCAACAGCAGCAACUGCGACUAGAACUGACAAUGAUGGUAUGAUGCUAAUCCCAGUGUUGGCAUUAAGCACCAGCCACAAGCCAAACGCUGUGGCUGCUAGAUUUGCUUCACUCAACAACAGCCAAAAAAAAAAACAUUGGUAAAUUAUUGAGUCACUGGAAGAUUUUGGAAUCUAUCAGCUUCAGUGGCAGGUGGACAAAAUACUAAUUCCCAUCCCUGGCUCAUGCUACUAUUAGCUACAGCUAAUGCUAACCUAAUGGGUUAGCUAAAUUUUGAGCAACUAAAUACUAGAAAUGCUAACCUACAAUUUAGCAUUAAAGGGACAGUUAACCCCAAAAUCAAAAAUACAUAUUUACUAGAUUGUUCUGGUGUGAGUUGCAGAGCAUGCAUCUUCUCAUGGACUGGAGGCUUGUGCUUGUGACAGCAUGAGAUGUAAACAUUAAUGGUGUCCUCCUCGGCUGAGCUGUAACGUUAGCAAGCUCAGUGGUACUACGUGAGCUAGCAGGAGAGUAGUUGAAACAUAUAAAACUACUCAGAUUGUCUUGAGUAAUGGUCAUGAUUUCAUGUUUUUCAAAUGUAUUUUUUUUUGUGCUUUGAGCACCACAAGCCAAGUCCCAUCUAGUUCCAUUAUAUUGGAGAGAAGGCAGACAUCUCUACUGCCGAUAUCUCCAACAGUUGCCAACUCUCACCAAAACAAUCUGGACUGAUAUAUAGCACUACAGCUAAGAGAAAAAAUAUGUAUUUUUGACUUUGGGGUGAACUGUCCCUUUAAAUACUGCUUUGCAUGUACUGUUUACCAUUAAGCUAAAAUGCUAAGUAAUUGUAUCAGUCGUACAAGUGAAGAAGCUCAGUAAUGUGCUUUAUAGACCCAUGUUUACUUUUAAGUUUGCUUAUAUAAGCUAACAACAGCCACCAUAAGUAGGGAUGCACGAUAAUAUCGGGAAGUCAUUGGUAUCGGCUGAUAUUGGCUUUAAAAUGAACUAUCUGAUUCAGCCAACUUUCUUAUUUUGCACAAUGAAUGAAUAUUACAUACAUUGAAAAGCAUUGUGUUUCAUGUCUCCAUCUGCUGGUGGGCCGUCACGAUAAGACAAUGCAUGCAUAAUAUGAUGUUAAAUCCACAACAGAAGAGACUUGAUGAUCACUAAAAUUAGGUGGGGAAAAAGUGGAUAUAUCAAUAUCGGUCAAAUGAAUUGUUACAUAUCGGCAUAUCCAAUAUCGUGCAUCCCUAGCCAUAAGUUAGUGGCCAUACACUACUAAUCAACGCUGCAGCAGCAAAAUCUGUAGUGUACUGAAUUUAGCAAGGGUGUGUUUUAUUGCUUAGGUGUUAAACUUUUAAUUUCUAAGUGGAAGAAUGAGUUAUUUCUUUACAGUCUGUAAAGAGCCGCAGCUGGUUCAUGUUGUAGAGCACAAAUAGAGAGCCCUGCUCCAUCAGAGUGGGUACUUUGGGUGAUUUAAGCAUGUUAGAAAAACGUGAUGUUCAUAUAAAAUAAGAACAUUUUUGACACGUAUGGAGAUAUAAAUCUUUGUCUGUCUGAGACGUAUUUUUAUUAAAUAAUGUGUCGUUCCUUCCCCUCUGAGAAAAUCUGUUUAAAUUCUGCAACUAAAAAUGUAAAAACAGAUUCAGGGCCAAAGUUGCAGGUCUGAUCUCAAGUACUACACAAAAAAAACCAACAUAUUUUUCUAUCAACUUUAUUUGUAUGUGCCUGAAAUGUGAAUUCCAAAGUUUCCACUCGAGUGCGCCGCUGGCCUAAAAAUCUCGAUGUGAAACUUGAAUUGGACUCCAACCACUUGACUGCACAGCACUUUUGAAUUAGCAAUCUGUGGUAUGGAAGCGGGAUGAUUAGUGUUGUCAGUUGCUUAUAACCAGUCGUCCUCAAAAACUAAACAACACAUUUUCUUCCAAUUUUUUUUAUUUGUCCCGUAGUUUGUCAAAGACCUGCUGCAGAAAAUUAAUCUUUGAUAAUGUCAGGAUAUUCCUUUGAAGUUUAAUUUAGUCCUUGAUCGUCUUUCAAUAUAUAACCUUCUUCUCUAUGUCUGAUUCAGUGAGACUGUCCUCCCCAGAAACAAUUUGUAGAAGCAGCUCAUUAUUAGUUUUUCAUAUUUAUGUUUAGUGUAGGUGGUGACCAGUGUGACUGGUGUGACAGUGGCUGCAGUGUUUAUGACAGGAGCAAAGGAGGAGGUCAAGUGAUGUGGUAUAAAGUCUGUGUAGGGACGAGUUCGGGUUGGAUGAAUGGCUCAAACAAACACAGGACUUUGACCCAGCAGAUUGCUGUUUGUGUCCCAUAUGAAACCAAAAGUCAAUGUUGAAUUGUUUUAACUUUCACACAUAAAUUAACUGACGUCAUACUUUAAAUUAACUUACUAUUAUUUUAUAUAUUAUUUUAAGCCAAACCAUGAGUCAUUGGCAAACGACCUAUUCUGUCGUUAGAAAUGAGGACAUGUUGACGUCCUGCCACAGGUAUGGGCGCUAAUUCAGGAAACACUCCUGUGGAUCGUAUUAGAGGGUGGGAGCAAUGUGGUCGUAGGGGUUUGGUAGUGUCUUUUUUUCUGUAGCAAUGCUGCCACAUGUUUACUGACUCGGUCCCUGCAAGAAUAAACUCUCUAUAGGCUUAAUGUAGCUUAUAAAAUAAAGAGUACAGGCCUUAAAUUCUGUGGCUUGUAAAAUGCUUUAAGGAGAAUUUGGAGGUUGUUGCGAGAACUCCCUUUGUUUGUGUUCGAUGAUGCAUGACAAAUUAGUGUUUGUAGGUUGUGGUCGUUGCAUGGUUUUGAGAUACUGUGUUAGCGAGUGUGUCGAAAAAGUGAUUACAACUUCCACAGCUCAGUCUUGCCUUGUCUAACUACUCGCUAACAAAGGCUUAUGUUGUGUUCACCAAACACAAUGUGAAUUUUCGCGUUGCUUUACUCGCGUGAGGUUCGACAUUAGAAUAUUUUGUGAUGACUCGCUUCAUAUGCACAAAUAAGUGGAUCUCAGUGCUGAUUGGCUAUCGCGGCAUGAAUCGAUCAAUCGAUUGUCCAGAUUUUUCAACUCUCGCGAAUACGCAUUUGACUUUGGCUCUUCAAGCAUUAAUAGCAGCUGCCACAGAGCUAUGAGUGUCUGCAGAGGAACAGAAAUAUUUUUUAGCAGUGUUUGAAUAUUAGACUCAGUGUUUAUUGUGGCUACUGUUGAUCUGAAUGGUGUAAUAUCAAGUUGUCUGCUGCAUGCUGAUUCUGUUUGGGUAGGAGCUCACAUUAGUUGAAUCCUGAAUCUUACCAGCUGAGCUCGAGGAUAUGCAAAGUCAGCUGUUUUUUGUGUUCGUUUACACAGUGAUAAUCGUUUUUAUUGAUUUUACACUUGUGGAGUUAGUUAGUCUUUUUUAUUUUAUCACUAUCUAAUUAGUAGCUCUCAGUGUAGAGGGCGUAGUGUUUUUGUGUUUCCAAAUUAGGUGUGUGCUAUGCAGGUGAAAAAAAGAUGCGAGAACAUGCAACAUGCUGAUCACCCUGCAAAUGUGAUAUUAAUGGACUAGUGAGUCUUGUCUCAGUCAUGAUGAUGCUGUGUGCACGUGGUUAAUGCUCACUGUCGCUGUUGACCAUUGAGGUGAAUGUGAACACAAUCCAGCUUGACCAUUAUUUAAACAUUUAAGUCAAGCAGCAUCAUGAGAUUAUCAGACACAUGCUUCUAUUGCUACCUAUUGGUGACCACAUGCAACCGAGGCUGCAACUGACAAUUAUUUUUUUGUAUCAUCGAUUAUCAUCGUUUUUAAAUUUUCUUUCGUAUCAAAGUAAUCCAGUGGUAGUUGUCUGUAUAGCAUGUUUUGCCUUUUUGAUAGGACAGUCGUAGAUUGACAGGAAAGGUGGGAGAAAAGGGGGAUGGUGUGCAGCAAAGGGGACGUGGGUCACCGCGAAGGAUGCACACUGUACCGGGUGAGCUAGAGGUCGUCCCACUUGGUCAUACUUUUAAUGGUGAAAAUUUACCAAUAUAUCAACAAAUACAGGCAAAACUGUGGCUCAGGUUUUAGCCCACAGUUAACGUGUAAAAAUUAUACUUCCUGUUUACAUAGUACGCGCAGUUCUCUCAAUCUUGUCUGCAUUUUUUCGAUGGAGUACAUAAACGAGCAAUCACUUGUUUAGAUUGUCGACGAUAACUUUUUUGUUGAUUGAUCAAUCAAAUAAUCGUCUAAUUGCUGCAGCACUAAUGCAAACUUACUUACCUGCUCACAGAAUAUCAGCAACUGUAUCCAGAAAUGUUAGUUUAAGCUAGUAUGUUGUGCUAAAAAAAAAAAGCAUAGCUUCAAAUAAGCCUGCUCAAACUCUGUUGUUGAUGUUGAACCUUAUUGAUCUCACACUCCAGCUGAUUGAUAGUCGACUACAGUGAGGAGGCCCCGACUGGAAUAUUUUUGUUUUCAGCACUGACUGCUUUGCCAUUGUGAAAGUAUUGAGUCUUGAUUCGUUACGUUCAACAAAUCAUUGGUUUGUUCAAAUUCUCUGUAUAAAGAUUGGCUACAUGUUAUCAAAUGUGAUAUAACUGCCAUAUGUUUUUGUACCGUAACACACUAAGGCCAUAUGGUCAAAUUUAAAUAAUUGAUUUAUUCAAGAUGUAAUAACAAUAACUUAUCUUCCCAGUCCAUUGGGAGCAAACUUUAAACACAAAAAAGAUGAGCCACGAGGGCCUGUGUUGGCAGGGGGCAGGGGAGGGCUUCAUCCCAGCGCUUCGUGAAAAAAGGGCUGGCAGCACUUUUUUUAAUGACGUGCUUUGCGAGGGUUUUGUUUUUAUAACAACAUUUAAUUUACACAUUGAAACAGUAGCCUGGUAGCUAACAUAACGCUACAUUAACAAAGGACGUACCACACUAUCAACAAAAACUUUACAAAGCAACAACAUGUCGCGUCUGCCAGCUGAUCUGCUCCCGAGCUUUUCUGUCUUUGUUGUGACAGUAGAAAGAAGCCCUGCUAAAGGGAAAGUUCAGAGAUUUUCAACUUAAAGCGCUUGGAGCGGCCGCACAAAAAAGGUGGAGCGAUGGCGGCUGCAUGUGGCCACAUAUGUUCGCUCCUUAGUGAGAGCAAUUGAAAAACGACACUGGCGCUGAAUGAACAAAAGCUUUGUGGGCACAGGCCCCUAAAUGGCAGACAGGUACUCUACAACAACAGCUUGAGUUUACACACCUGCAAAAAGCCACCAGAUCCUGUUUGUUCAUGAUGCGUGUGAAUAUGUCCUGCCAUAUUUGGCGUGUUGUCUGAGGUGGCGUGUAAUAUCUGCCCUCAUGCUUCCAUGCCUGAUGUUGGCAUAGAUAGAACCAGUAGAUGGCACUAAAGGGCGCAGUCAGAAGUUUUAGCCGCAACAAACACAGUAACAGUGGAGGAGGUCGUAGUAAAGUACCUUUAAACAGAGGCAGCGUUGUAGACGGCGGUGGUCUGUGCAGCCAUCAUAUACGCCCCAACAUGUGGACAGAGAAUUCUUUUCACUAAUUUCACUAUAUGUUAUUAUAUAUUACAGAUUUGUUCUGUUCUGCCGUUAUCUAAAUUUCAUUUCCCAUGGUCGUAUCUCACUUGAGCCACGCUUCUCUGUUUCGUCCGUAUCCAUAAGCUCUCAGAAAACGUGCACAAAAUACGGAUGAAAAGAAAACAGGACAGGACCAUCUUCGUCUCUGUAUCUAACGUUGAGCAUAAGGUGAGCCCGUAGGCUGCAGUACUGAUGAUAAGUGCACAGUGUUGUUGGCACACAGAGGGGAAAGGCUGGAGAACAGAAUCAGAGCUCUGUCACACUCGUUGGGUGAUUCUGAACCAGUUGUUACUUCAUAUUGUGGAGCUGAAGAUGGGUUGAAGCUGCCUUGCUUUUACAUGCACUGGCUUCAAGUCCAACACGGGACAGACAGAUGGACAGAGGCCUCUGUCCUCUAAGGCUGUCAUGUGUAAGUCUCCUGCUCUGCUGGCUUCAUGCUUGGCUCCAGUCCUUGAUUCUUGUCCUCAUGUCUGUCUGUGUGGCUCCGACUCCAACAGGCGUCUUCCUCUCCCAGCUUUUAUAGCUGUAUUAUUUUGUAUCAAGAGUUCUACCUGUCUUCCAAUCAGUUUGAAUUUGAUACUGGCUUCAUCAGGCUUCUUCUUUUUAUUGUUGGCACUGCAUGACAUGAAAUAUGAGUGUUUAAGUCUUAACAUUUCAAACACUGACUUCUCGCUGCCGUUUGGGUCUGACAGUGAGCUAAAGUGCAGCUUUAAGUCAGUUUAUCUUCCAUUUUCUGUCAUUUCUCUGUCGUCUUUUUGUCUUCGCUGCUCAGCGCGGCUCCUUCUUUGUGCACUGACAGAGAUUCAGGGCUUUAAUUUCAUAGCAUCUGACCUCUAGGCCUGACUUUGAUAAGCUCUCAGCACAUUUGUGCAUUAAUGUGUGUGUCGAGAUAACUUGGACAGUGUUUGUGUGUGUGUGUGUGUGUGUGUGUGUGUGUGUGUGUGUGUGUGUGCAGUUAGAGAAUGAAGUAGCGGUAAAAAGUUACCACAGUUUUGGGAGCCAGUGUUUCUCAGUUGUAAGAGCUGUCUGCUGUGUGUGUGAUUCGUCUGAAACAUUGUGUGUCAGACUAUUUUCUUCCAUCUGUGUGCGUGUGUGUGUGUGUGUGUGUGUGUGUGUGUGUGGUAGGGCUGCACGGUAUGAGGAAAAUAUGCAAUAACAUUGUUGAAUAUUGCAAUACUAUUUCCAGUAGAUACUAAAGUGUACUCAGUUCGAAACAAAUAGCUUUUUGAAUUAAAACAAAAAGAAAGGAAAUUAAUUCCAGCUUUCUUCCGUUAAAUAAACUGAACAUUAAACUGACACAAAAGGCACCAAUUUGUAAAAAAUGAACGAUAGUUACAUUUUGAAGUGCAGUUUUCUACUGAUACUCUCUUUCAACUAACUAAACAAGUCCCUGAGUGCAAUACGGCAGUGUUUCAUGAGGCGUUUACACACAAGUUGACAUCGCGAUGACGAUCAGAAAAUGAUAUUGGGUGCAGCCAGAGUGUGUAGUAGUGUGCUGUUUGCUUGCAAUCUCAAUUUUAAAUCAUAAGUACAGUCUGAGUAGGAGUGAGUAAGUGCAUAUGCAAGUGUGCAGCCAGCCAUUUAUACUGUGAUGUCUUUAGUGUCCAUUCCUAUUAACAAAGCACACGUUACAUAAGGCUCAUCUUUACAGCACAGACAAUAGAAGAUGAAGUACAGUGGUGUUCAGAAAAGAUCAAAAUGCUUCGUUCUGCUCAUCAAAGCAGACACAAAACUUUCCCUCAGUCAGCUCAAAGUUUACGUCCUGUCAACACGUGUACAGAUGUUUUUAUAAAUGGAUAGUGUCCUCUGUUUUUUUGGCGUUUCGUCCACAAGCAGAUGGAGUUUUAGAUGGAGUUGCUAAAGGUGCUUUCAGACCUAGAGUUGUCUUGCUUUGGUCUGAAUCAGGGACUAAUUUAGUUACAAAGCUGUAUAAUUGCCUAGAGUUGAUUCAUGUUUACAAGCAGACCAGAUCAAAUGCCUUGUGUGAGAAAGCUGCUCUUGAUUGGUCAGAAUUUCCAUGCGGGAAAAAUCCAGGAAGUAAAGCAAACGUUGAAGAAGAGUACACUUGCAAGAUAAAUGUGACACUUUCUAAUGUCACAAUGGAGGGACAACUACGCAGGUUGAUUUUAGCGCUGCUCAUCGUGGACUAUAUUGCUGUCAUUGUUCAUUUUAGUCAAACCAUACAGUUUGAAAACGAGGCGCGGCUCCAACUAGAAAACAAUGUUUUGAUGCAUUGGAUGUGCUGAAUGUGCAUAUUAAGGCAGUACAGGAGGAGGUGCACAUUAAUAAUCCUCCAGGACUGUAACAUGCUCAUGUUUAACCCAAACAAUGUGUCAUGUGACUGCAGUUGGUUCAGAUCCAGGUCAGAACACCUUCUCACCACAAACAAACCGCACCAGAGUUCGUUUGUAACCGGACUGAGACUUUCUUGAAGAGAUGGUCUCUGUUUUGGUGCAGUUGCUGUGUUCACACCUGCCCAAACGAACCGCACUCAGGGGGCAAACGAACUUGAGUUUGAUUGAACCAAACAGGGCAGGCGCAAAAGUAACUACGCAAGCAACUUUUGCAUGUCCAGAGCAUUCCCCAAAUCUUUGAGUGAGCUCUUUAUAUCAAAGGAGAAUCAAGAAUGAUGAGAUCUCCAGUCAGCAUUUUGAAAAAGAUAGCUUGCACACUCUACCACCUUUGAGACUGUGGAAGACAGCUAACGUCUGUGAGCGUUUGGAGUCGUUUCUGUGUUCUAGUGUGGGCGCAGAUAUUUUGUAAAACGAAGGUUGUGUGAACAGAAUUAAACGGGGAAAAUGUCCAUCUGUAGAAAUAUCUGUACACGUGUAGACGAGGCCUUCAUCACAAAAACUACACCUUCAACUGAAGGCGAAAAAGAACAAUCACACUGCAGCAGUGAUUACACCUUCACAUGUACUUUAAUUUUUGAGCCGUCCUUGCAGUUAAUGUCAUACAUAUUGACAGGAAGUGUUUACUGGUGGUAGAAAAGAACUGUGAUUUUGUGCGAAUAACAACUUUUUUUUUUUUUUUUUUUUUUUGGUUAAUUAAUUCUGAUUUAAAGCUGCAUUAAUUCAUUGAUUUGCCAGCCAGAAAACAACUGUCCAAAAUAGACUAACAAACUCUGUCGAGCUGUGAACUUCAGAUUCAGGUGAUAACUUUACACAUUGUUUUCUUUAAUCCAUAAACAUAUUAAUUAGUGCAGCUUUAAAUACUUGUGUUACAUUCAGUGUUGGAAUGUAACUAAGUACAUUUACUCAAGUACACUACUGAAGUACAGUUUUGACGUAUUUGUACUCAAGUAUUUCCAUUUUAUGCUUUAUUAUACUCUUUUUUUUUUUUUUACUUAAGUUACUUUGCAGAUUCAGAUUAUCAACACAAAAUAUACAUCAACUAAUAAAUUGUGAUGUGAAGGUGUUGGGGAAUAAAAAUCAGCUUCACAGAAGGUAUAUAAAGUAAUUAAAAAUAGCCCCAGCUUAAUCAGCUACAAGAUUAAAGUGACAAACAUUAUUAUAACACAAUUACAUGUAUUAUUCUGAAAUGAGCCGUACUUUGACUUUUGUUACUUCAAGUAUAUUUUGAUGCUAAUACUUUUGUACUCUUAUUUAAGUAAAAGUUUGAAUGCACUGUGCAGUUUCUACUACUUUACUCGGAGAUGUACUAUGCAGGAUUUUAAAAACUCCCUCUCUUCAGACCCUCUCUCAGUGUGUGGUGGUGUGGCCCUCUGCCUGAACUUCCUUAUUUCCUGUGUUCAGGUUGUUUAUGGUUGCAUAUCCCCACAUUGCCCAGGUGAGGGCGGGGCUUUAUAUAAAGGUAGUGAACAGGUGCCACACUGUAUGCAGCAGCCAUCCAAGUGACACAGUGCCAGACAAACGAAAGAACAGCGAGGCAAAACGGGCGUGUUUAAAAACAGUAACUGACAAUCCUGCAUAGUAUACCUUCAAGUAAAAGGUCUGCUUCCACCACUGGGUAUGUUUGAAUAUUUUGGCACUCAUGUAAAAUGGGUCCUAUGAGCUCCGCAAAAAUAGGAGACAAUGCGCUCAACUCACAGAAACAAAAAACUGGGUGCUGAAUUCCAAAUAAAGUUUAAAAUUGGCCCUUCUUCAGUGUGCUCUGGCAAACAAUAUGAAUUUGUUUUGUUUGCCAGACUGAAGAAGGGCCAGACCCGAAACGUCUGUGUGGCAAAGUAAAAUUUGAUAAACUUGGAGUGCUGUUCCUCUCAUCUUUUUGAAUCCUAUGAGCUCCGACCUGAAGAAAUAAGAACAGUGAAUGAAACAACAAUUAUGGAGCUGCACAAACUCUGAGAGCGGAAAAAUACCAAAUGCUGACGAAACUGUCAGACAAACUAAACCAAAAUGAUUUGAUCAGAACGGGGAACUUGCACAGGCAUUAUAUCAUCAUUUUGAGUCCUCAAAACUCUUAUGUCUUUUUUUUUAUUAUUAUUAUCAAAAGACAAUCUUUAUGAUCAUCAUCGCCAUUUUUGGUUGUGGUCUUGCUUUUGGUUUUAUUUGAACCAGUUUGGUCGAGAGGCAGUUUGUUGAAUGUUGUGUAAAAGUUGGAUUCUGACGGAAAAAUAGAAUCUGCACCCGAGACCAUGCUCCGAGUUUUGGUGAGAAUUAAAUAUACGUUCAUGGGAUUGUUUUCUAGUGUACAGACUCUAUUUUUCCAUUUUUCACAUAUUUUUCUGUCCAGCAUCUUGUAUUUAUCGUCUGUUUGAAUAAAAGUUGGAUUCUGACUCUCGAUGAUGUUCCAGAGGACAGUGGGAUGUUUUCAGAAGUGGGAUGAUUGACUUGGUUGAAUAAAUUAAAACAAUUGAAACAUUAAAGUACAAAGACUUUAUAUUCAUUUUAAUCCCCAGAUAAUCCAUCCUCAGUGAGCAGUCACUGCUUCGUGAAAUGUCCCACAGGUCAAACUGGACUAAAACACAAAUUACUUUCAGUUUCAAAACUUCUGCUUAAAGGAAGCACAAUGUGAGGAGGUCUGUAUGCAAGACACAUGUAUGAAACCGUGUGAGUUCGUCCAUGCUUUACAGCCUUCCAGUUGAGAGUGGAUCAUGGCGCUCAUACUGUUGUCUUUGAGUAUCUCACAAUAAAAACGAUGCUUGACAUGAA